UAUAUGGGUAAUUGUUUAGGAGUUGAUUGCAAUAACUGUGAUGACAAUGAGAAAAAGAUAAAUGUUAAGAAACAAUCACUAAAAGACGAUUCGUCCGCUUAUUAUUUCAAAGUACUGUUUGUCGGCGACCGAAAUGUCGGCAAAUCAUGUUUGUUGCGGUCACUGGUCAACAGUGGCUGCGAUGAUAACUUAGAUAACAAAUCAUUGGCACCGACUAUGGGCGUUGAUUUUGCACGAAAAAUACUUAAUGUCGACCAAAGUCUAGUGAAGUAUCACUUCUGGGAUCCGUCUGGUGACCAACGGUUUCGUAAUCUAUUGCCAAACUAUUUCUCAGGCAUCGAUGCUGUCUUCCUGUUGUACGACAUAUGCGAUGAACAAAGUUUUCAAUCGCUAACCGACCACUGGUUGCCCAUUAUUCGUGCCAAUGCCCGACCGCCGCCGACAAUGAGACUUAUAGUGGCCAACAAAUCAGAUCUCGCCGAUGAUCGCCGUAUCAGUGUAUCGAAGGGCAUACAAUUUGCAAAUAAAACCGGAUCGCUAUUCAUGGAAGUGUCGGCCAAAAGUGGACAAAAUGUCGAUAAUUUACUUUACAUUGUUGGCCAUCAAUUGAUUGCAAUACAUAAACAAAAUCAUAAUAGGGGUUAACCCCCCCCCGCCUAACACUGUGUAAAUCAUUUAAUCAUUUUGAGACUAUCCAUAUAUGGAUUGUAAAAGUACUUAAUGUUAUUUUAUAGUCUUUAUUUUAUUCAUUAUUUGACAUUUUGUAUAUAUUUUUUAAAAACACAUUUCUUAUUCAUCGAUGUGUCACCUGUUGCGAGUGUGGGUGUCAUCACUAUUAAAAUAGUGAUGAAUACACCAUAAUAUCUAUUUAGUAGGACUAGACAUCUAUGUGUCUUAUUUGGAUGACAUUG